CGCUCGCCGCCGGCCGAGGGCGCGUGGAUGUGUACUACCGCGAGGGCGCGCUGCGAGCUGUGCGGCGCGGGAGCGGACGUGCGCUGCGAGGCCGACGCGGCGUGCGACGCCGAGGUGCACGGCGCCAACUUCCUCGCGUUCCGCCACCGCCGCACGCGCGUCUCCUCACCUCCCGGCCCCGAGGACGCGCUGUCCCGGACGUCCACGGCCGAGUCCGCGACCAAGGGCCAGAGGAGCCGCGCGCGGGGCAACGCGGUGCUCGAGGGCUGGGCCAGGCGAAUGGGCCUCGAGGCGGUGGCGGCGCGACGACAUGCCACGGCGGCCGGCCGCACGCUCCGGGCCCAGGUCGCCGCGGGGCCGCCACGCGUGCCGCUGCGCGUCGCGAUGGCGGCCGUGCUGUGGUGGGAGGUGGCAGCUCACGGCGGCGUCCAGGAGCCCGGCGACGCGCUCCGGCGCCUGGAGGCCUGCGCGCGCGUGCCGGCGAGGCUCCUCCUGGCGGUGGAGUCGUGCAUGGUGCGCGGCCGCGCUAAGAAGCGGACGGCCGCGGAGGGCUGGGGCGAGUGCUCACCACCCCACACACGAGACAAGACCAGACACAUCUUCUCCAAGACAUGACAUGACUCGUUCGCUUAGCAUAUUUUUUGCUGUAAAUAAGCUAAGCAGAGGUUGAUCAAAUCUUGUUGUUUUCCGCUUCUUCUUCUUCUUCUUCUUCUUCUUCUUCUUCUUCUUCUUUUUGUCGCUGAUGGAGUAUUGAUGUUGGUUAGAUGUAACCCAAAUAGAAGAGCAAAG